UUCGCUUGGGCAAGUAUUGUGUGCUGCACUUUGCAAAAAUUACACCCCCACCCGCCGACAUCAACCUUUGGACCUUCUAGUAGCCCUAGAAAACCAGCACUACCCCUCUCGGCGGCAUGAAAUGGCAUAAUGUUGCUUUAUCGCCCGCUUGAUAACUCGCACGCACUUCGCGGAACAUAAGAUUAGCCUUGCAGCUGGUGGUCAUUGUAAGGCCAUCAUCGUUGGUAUAAAGAUGAGAAACGUCGAUCGCGUCAAUGUGAAGGUAAAACAGGGAACGGUUUGUGGGGUGAAGGAGGUCCUUCCGGAUGGCGGCCUGUUUCAUGCCUUCCGAGGGAUACCGUUCGCCAAGCCUCCUAUUGGAGAGCUGCGUUUCCGAGCACCGCAACCGUUAGACCGAUUUACGUCCCCGGUGCUGGACUGUAGCACCGAGCGUGAUGUGAGCUUUAGCCGGAAUAUGUUCACGCAGGAGCUGGAAGGUUCCGAGGACUGCCUGCAUCUCAACGUGUACACCCCGGCCCCAGAUCCCGCUCAACAGGGUCAUUCCCUACCCGUUAUGGUGUUCAUCCAUGGUGGGGCAUUUAUGUUCGGCAGCGGCAACAGUGACUGUUACUCACCGGAGUAUCUUCUGCAGGAGGGCAUCGUUGUGGUCACGCUAAACUAUCGCCUUGGUUCGCUGGGCUUUCUGCAUCUGCCGAGCCAGGGAAUCGAGGGGAAUGCCGGUCUCAAAGACCAACGGAUGGCACUGCGAUGGGUGAGCGAAAACAUUGGCCAGUUCGGGGGCGAUCCAUCGAAUGUGACACUUUUUGGAGAAAGUGCCGGAGGGGCCUCGGUUCAUUUGCAUCUUCUCAGUGAGGGAUCGAGGAAAUACUUUCACAAAGCAAUUUGUGAGAGUGGUGUAUCCGUCAUGGAAUGGGCAAUGCAACGUGAUUCCGUGGAACGAACACGCACUCUGGCGCGGCUGCUCGACCCUGAGGCGAAAACUGAUGAACAGGUGUACCGUACGCUGAUGGCGGCCAGCCAUGUCGAGCUGAUGGGCCUGAUGGUCAGCACGCUCUCGCCCGAUGAGAAGCGCCGCGGAUUGCCGAUGCCGUUCAAGCCUGUCGUGGAGGAAAGCAUAGGACCGGAUACGAUCGUAGCGGUUCAUCCGAUCGUUGCUAUGCAGCAACAGAACGAGCUACCGGAGAUUCCGAUCAUGAUGGGAAACAAUAAUGGCGAGGGUAUCAUCAUGAUGCUGGAUGCGUCGAAAAAGCUGGACCUUUACGACAACGAUAUGGCCCGGAUGGUACCACGGUCGGUGAACGUAGCACCAGAGAAUCCUGCCUGUGAGCAGCUUGGCAACGAAAUCAAACAAUUCUACUUCGGUACGAACGGCGUGAAUAAGUCGACAGUCAAUCAGCUGGCGGAUCUGAUGACGGAUUAUCAUUUCGGAAUACUGGCCAAUACGUGCGCUGAGCUGCACGCCCGCUACCAACACCGUUCGCCGAUGUUUUACUACGAUUUUUCCUAUGACGGUGAGCUGAACAUGUACAAGCGGCUACUUCAGCUCAAGAUCCCGGGUGCGUGCCACGCGGAUGAGCUUUCAUAUCUGUUCAAAAUGCGAUUGGCGGACUUUGACGUUGAGCAAGACACACCAGCUGGCCGUGUGCGGCGUACCAUGUGCCGACUGUGGACCAACUUUGCCAAAUACGGCAAUCCGACGCCGGCCACCGAUGGCAGGCUAUCGUGCCGAUGGGAACCGGUCGAUAAAAUAGAUGCCCGUGCUCCGGCAGAUGCGUUCCAGCUCAAGUAUUUAGACAUUGGGGCAGAGUUGAAGAUGGGUGUUAAUCCGGCCAAAGAGCGGAUCGAUUUUUGGCGAGGGGUUUAUAGAAAAUGGAACGAAAAUUUCCUUAAAGUGAAACUAUGAGGAUACGUGAGAUUGUUACAGGGGUAUUUGGGUAUUUUGUUUAAUAAAGACGCAUAAAUGGCCAUCGGUUUGUUUCUGACGA